AAGAAAAUAUAGGUGUGAAAGGCAAGUUGAUUGCUUCAGUAGAGGUGAAGUGUGGAGGACACCCGAUUCAUGAUAUCUUUCACAAAUACUCAUCAUAUAGCCAACAUAAAUCCUGGUAAGAUCCACAAAGUUGAUAUUGAUGAAGGUGAAAUCGUAAAAGUUGGUUCGAUUGUUAGCUGGAAAUAUAACGACGAUGGAAAAGAUAAGAUCUGUAAGCAAGUGAUUGAAGUCAUGGAUCAUAAAAAGAAAUCAAUCAAAUGGAAAGUGUUUGGAGGAGAUCUGUUAGAGUUGUACAAUUCUUUCACUCUUAUCUCAUCCCAUGACCACCAAUGGACUACUUGGACAUUUAUGUACGAGAAGAAAACUGAAGACACCCCAGAGCCUCUCCGUUUUCUUGGGUUUUGCCCUACAUGUGACCAAAGAUAUUGAGGGUCACCUUCUCAAGUAAUAUAAUCUGUGCUAUUCAAUGGCUCAUAGCCAUAUAUAUAUGUAUGUUAAUACACGCACAUAUAUGCAUAUCUGUGUGUGUGAGAUAAAUAUCUGGCAAUAUUGGCUAGUUUUAGCUAGCUGCAUGAGAAAUAAAGUGUUGUGUUUGAAGAAUAUAUUAUAUAUGCACUCUCCUUCUAUGGAUGUAUUUUCAAUGGUGAAUAUAUGUAAGAUAUUAUGAAUUUUUCAUGUGUGAA